CGUGUAACAUGACCGAGUCCGACUGUGUGAACAUGCAGAUGUGCUGCAGUGCUUGGUGUGGGGAACAUCAUGUGUGAGGAUUCGGCAGAAGGUUCUGCAGAGGACUGUAGGAUUCUGCUCUCGAUGUGACGUUUUUUGAGUUUUAUUUCAAAACCAAAAUAAUUCACAGAGUUAACAUUGCAGCCAUAAGCACACACAUUCCCCCCAACGAGUCGUUUUCGUGGUUGUUUUCGGCGAGGUUCCUGUGACUGCCAAAGCUGUGUCUGCUGGCUCGUUCGGAACCGUUGGCCGCCAACUCCCUGGCCCCGCCUCAGCUGGAGGCCGGCUCCGCGGGGCGGGCCGUGCAGCUGGGCGCAUGGAGUUUCCGCGCCGUUUGUCCCAUCCUCUGGGGGAACGGCCGGAGUGCGAGGUUGACCGAGAGUGGACCAGGUCUCGCACCGUGGCUGAAAGUUCAGCCGCUGAGCCCUCUAGAUGACGCUCGUAAGAUGGGGACCAAACAGAACGUCAGAGGUGAUGUGGCCUUCCAGCAUCUCUCUGUGCAGGUGUUCAGGAAUGGAGGGCAGGGCCGUGAGCCACAAGGCCGCUGGAUAAGGGUCUGCCAGGCAGCAAUGCGAGCAGAACCGGAGAGUCAAGCUCCUCCACCAUUUUGGAAACGCCAAAGGCGAGAAGGCGAUGGUAUUUCCUGCAGCGCCGGUCUGGAAGGCGCACUGGUGUGCGCGAUCGGCGAGCCGCCUCAGCAGCUGGUCAUGCUUAGCGGGAACUGCUCGCGGUCCAGUGAGGUGGUUCUUGACGCCACACAGCGAGGUCAAGUCCGGCUCCAGUGGAGGAACAGAUGGCCAGCCCUGGUCGGAGAAGCCCUCGACCUUGGUAAUGGGCGCAUAUGUGAAAAUUGGCGCCUCGAGCCUGGCAGGCUCGGAAGCGGCGGACCAGCAGCUCAUGGCAGCUGGGAAGCGCGGCCAGACGGGGUCUGGACAGCGCGUCUGUGUUGCCCCGAAAAUUCCCGCCAAUUCAUCUGCCUCAGGGGAGCCGGUUCUGGAACGGCUAGCCGCUUGCGGGUCGCAGUCGCGGAGAUGAUGGCGGGCAGCUCCUGGAGCAGCGCUAUAACUGCUGGCAGGGAGGAGCGAGAAACCACUGGAGCAGAAGGACCCGCUGAGCGAGGCUCGUCGACCUCCGUGUUGUACAGGAGGGAAUAAUGGCUGCGGCAGCCAGCCUCGUCGUGCUCCUCACGAGGCUCGUCGACCUCCGUGUUGUACAGG